AUGGUUUGGGAGGAGGAAGAAGCUUAUAGAUUAUCAUGUCUGCUUUGCACUGCACCAACACUGCACAAUACCAAUCCUGAUGAGCUUCUUUGGUGCGCAGACUCCUCGAAGCUCUUUUCUGUUUCUUCUGUUUAUAAAUGGUCUGAAUCUUCUCUGGGAAAUGUAAUUCCAGUGGCUGCCUCAAUUUGGAACAACUUUGCGCCCCCAAAAGUGCAAUUUUUCGGGUGGUUAGCUUGGCUUGGUAAGGUUAAAACAUCUUCUUUCCUUCAUAGAAUUGGAAUUCUCAUAGGCAAUGCAAAUCUUGUCUGUGUUUUCUGUCAUAUUGAGGUUGAAUCUGUGGAACAUAUUAUGCUUAACUGCCCUUUUGUGUGGCUGCUUUGGUCAAAUAUUAUCCACUGGUGGGGAUUGCAGUGGGUGAUUCCAGGAUCGGUGCAUGGUUUGCUGGAAUGGUGGUCCGGGUGUGUAAUGCAGAAACUGGAGAAGAAAAUCAGGAUGGCAAUCCCUUUGGCCACUCUCUGGACCACAUGGAAGCACAGAAAUGACUGUGUUUUUAAUGGUUCUCAACCAAAUCUGGAAGCUUUGUGUGAAUUAGUGAAGGUUAGAGUUGCUAUGUGGUUCAAAGCAUCGAAACUCCAGGUUGAUUUCUCCAUCAACGACUUGGCCUUUAAUCUGCCUCAGGUGAAAUAUUGUAUCAGGAAUGGAGGGUGA